CCGGCCCCGGGCCCGGCUCCGGCAUGGAUGUGAGGUUCUACCCCGCGGCGGCCGGGGACCCCGCCGGCCUGGACUUCGCGCAGUGCCUGGGGUACUACGGCUACAGCAAGUUUGGAAAUAACAAUAACUACAUGAAUAUGGCUGAGGCCAACAACGCUUUCUUUGCGGCCAGUGAGCAGACGUUCCACACCCCAAGCCUCGGGGAUGAGGAGUUUGAAAUCCCUCCGAUCACGCCUCCUCCAGAGUCAGACCCCGCCCUGGGCAUGUCGGAUGUACUUCUACCCUUCCAAGGCCUCAGCGAUCCAGUGCCUUCCCAGGGAAGUGAAUUCACACCCCAGUUUCCCCCUCAGAGCCUGGAUCUUCCUUCCAUUACAAUCUCAAGAAAUCUCGUGGAACAAGAUGGCGUGCUCCAUGGCAGUGGGUUGCAUAUGGAUCAGAGCCAUGCACAAGUGUCCCAGUACCGGCAGGACCCCUCCUUGAUCAUGAGGUCCAUCGUCCACAUGACCGAUGCUGCCCGCUCCGGGGUCAUGCCUCCAGCCCAGCUCACCACCAUCAACCAGUCUCAGCUCAGUGCCCAGCUGGGGCUGAAUCUGGGAGGGGCCAGCCUGCCCCACACUUCUCCUUCACCUCCAGCGAGCAAGUCGGCCACCCCCUCGCCUUCGAGCUCCAUCAAUGAAGAGGACGCUGACGAAUCCAGCAGAGCCAUUGGAGAGAAAAGAGCUGCUCCCGAUUCUGGCAAGAAGCCCAAGACUCCAAAGAAAAAGAAAAAGAAAGAUCCCAAUGAACCCCAGAAGCCAGUGUCAGCAUAUGCCCUGUUUUUCAGAGACACACAGGCUGCAAUUAAAGGUCAAAAUCCCAAUGCAACCUUUGGAGAGGUCUCAAAAAUCGUAGCAUCUAUGUGGGACAGCCUUGGAGAAGAACAAAAGCAGGUGUAUAAAAGGAAAACAGAAGCUGCCAAAAAGGAAUACCUGAAGGCCCUGGCUGCGUACAGGGCCAGCCUCGUUUCUAAGGCGGCGGCGGAGUCAGCAGAAGCGCAGACCAUUCGUUCUGUCCAGCAGACCCUGGCGUCCACCAAUCUGACAUCCUCCCUCCUUCUCAGCCCUCCGCUGUCUCAACACGGCACCGUGUCAGCAUCACCUCAGACUCUGCAACAGUCGCUCCCUCGGUCAAUCGCUCCCAAGCCUUUGACCAUGAGGCUGCCCAUGAACCAGAUUGUCACAUCGGUCACCAUCGCGGCCAACAUGCCAUCGAACAUUGGGACUCCGCUGAUCAGCUCCAUGGGCACGACCCUGGUGGGCGCACCACCGUCCACCCAGGUGAGCCCUUCCGUGCAAAGCCAGCAGCAGCAGAUGCAGCAGCAGCAGAUGCAGCAGCAGAUGCAGCAGCAGCAGAUGCAGCACCAGAUGCAGCAGCAGCAGAUGCAGCAGCAGCUGCAGCAGCAGCAUUUUCAGCACCACAUGCAGCAGCACCUGCAGCAGCAGCAGCAGCAGCUGCAGCAGCAAAUCAGCCAGCAGCAGCUGCAGCAGCAGCUCCAACAGCAGCUCCAGCUGCAGCAGCUGCAGCACAUGCAGCGCCCGUCUCAGCCUUCUCCUCGGCAGCACUCCCCCGUCACCCCGCAGAUGACGCCCCCCAUCCCUGCCAUCGGGAGCCCCCCACCAGCCUCUCAGCAGCACCAGUCGCAAAUUCAGUCUCAGACACAGACUCAAGUGUUGUCACAGGUCAGUAUUUUCUGAAGACGCGCGUGGCGGACGGAUGGGUGUGUAUGGAGGCGCGUGGCAGACCAGCCGUCGGGGGCUGAGACUUGUGAGUUGGCGCUGGUUACGCAGACAUGUGUGGCAGAUCACAUGGUCCUCUCGAGUGUCUAUUAGAUAGGCGAUAAGAACUACAGUGUAGCUGAGCAUCAUCUUCUAGCGGACUCGGAACCACUUUGUUUUUAAACAAGACAAGCUGUGCUCUUUUAUGUGAUGCCUUUUUUAUUUAUUCAGGCUAUACCUACAAUAUGUGAAUCAAACUGUUUCAUGAAUCCUGGGACAUGCUGAUGACUAUAAACUGGCCUCUCUGAGUCAUAGAAAAUGGCCUUAUUUCUCCAGAAGUGACUAAACCGCACUUCGAGCCUGUUUGAACUUCCGAAACCCUAAACAUAUAAAAAGCACAGUUGUAACUACCUGAAAUAUGAAGAUCCAAUUUCAUACAAACAUUUGUAUGACAUGAAUAGUUGAUGGCAUUUUUUUGUCAUGAAAAAAAAAUAAUGUAAAUCACAGACUUUUGCCAAAGGUCUUAUUUUUUUCUUUUUUUCCUAAAUCUCUCCAGAAAAAAAAAAAAAGCAAGUGAUUAGAUUCUGUUGUUGACUCAUUUCCACUUUUUACCCAUGACUUCUCCAAAUCGAACCACCGUAUCUGUCGUAACAAUAUCUAUGACCACUGUUAGCCCAUUAUAUUCAUUCCAAUUAGAAGAAAAGAAUGUGAAUAUUAUAUUCUGUGUUUUGAGUGACAAGUUUCGAAAAAUGAAAACACUGUAUUUUUAAAAGGGAAAGGAACUUAAAUGAAAACGGUUAUUACAAAAGUUAAGAUUUAAAAAAAAGCAAGAGUUUUUAUUAUGAUGUAAUACUGGUAGAAUAUUUAAAAGGCGCACCACAUCUGAAUAAUCAAUGUAAAUAUUUUCUUUCAAAGUUGUAAGUUUUCAUAUCAUGUGAUGUAAAGUUUUCAUAAACGAGGCUUUAACGUAAACACUGGUGACAUGAACCAUUCAUUGCUACGUUGCUUAUUGUGUUUUUAUGCUGUUUUAUACUUUUUUAUGAGUUACGAUAGCAGCAAUUAAGUUGUUUGUAUUUUGCUUAACUAAAACAAAAAUGCUUUUAUCUUGCUAUAGAAUAAACACAUUUCAGUACAAACUGUGGACUGUAUUUUGAUGCAACAACCAGGAAACUGUUCACUUUUCAAAUAAAAUGAUAUGUCACAUUUCA